AGUUCCCGGCGUGGCUCAGGGCGCUAAGAUGGCGGCGGCGUGAGUUGCAUGUUCCUGUGUGUCUACUGUCCCGGGGCCGCCGCGUCGGACGGAGUGAGGGACGGACCGGACGGACGGAAGCUGCAGCCGCCGCCGCCCGCCCGGCCCCAGCCAUGGCCGUCACCGUCACCUUGAAGACGCUGCAGCAACAAACGUUUAAGAUCCGCAUGGAGCCGGGGGAGACGGUGAAGGUGCUCAAGGAGAAGAUUGAGGCAGAGAAGGGCCGGGAUGCCUUCCCUGUGUCUGGACAGAAGCUUAUCUAUGCAGGAAAGAUCCUCAGUGACGAUGUCCCAAUCCGAGACUAUAAGAUUGAUGAGAAAAACUUUGUGGUCGUCAUGGUGACCAAGGCCAAAGCUGGGCUUGCCACUUCGGCGCCUUCGGAGCCCUCUGCCCCUGCUGCUGCCAACACCCUGGAGCCCUCCACACCCACCCCACCAGCUCCUGCCAUUGUUGCCAUGCCUCUACCCCCGCCAGCCCCCAGUGAGGAGCAGAAGCCCGCAGAGGAGCCAGCUGCUGGGACGCCUCCCGAGGCUGGGCCUGGCUCUCUUCCCUCUUCAGGGAGCAGCGGGCAGGAGGAUGACGCAGCCUCUACACUAGUGACAGGUUCCGAGUAUGAGACGAUGCUGACAGAAAUCAUGUCCAUGGGCUAUGAGCGGGAGCGGGUGGUGGCUGCCCUGAGGGCCAGUUACAACAACCCCCAUCGGGCUGUGGAGUACUUGCUGACGGGGAUCCCAGGGAGUCCAGAGCCUGAGAGUGGCCCUGUGCAGGAGAGCCAAGCCCCUGAGCAGCCCGCCCCAGAAGGAGGCGAGAACCCCCUGGAAUUCCUCCGUGACCAGCCUCAGUUCCAGAACAUGCGACAAGUGAUUCAGCAGAACCCAGCCUUGUUGCCAGCCCUGCUGCAGCAGCUAGGCCAGGAGAACCCCCAGUUACUACAGCAAAUCAGCAGGCACCAGGAACAGUUCAUCCAGAUGUUGAAUGAGCCCACGGGGGAGCUGGCAGACAUGUCGGAUGUAGAGGGGGAGGUUGGUGCCAUUGGUGAGGAAUCCCCUCAGAUGAACUACAUCCAGGUCACGCCACAGGAAAAAGAAGCCAUAGAGAGGUUGAAGGCCCUGGGGUUUCCCGAGAGCUUGGUAAUCCAGGCCUACUUCGCUUGUGAGAAGAAUGAGAACCUGGCAGCGAAUUUUCUCCUGAGUCAGAACUUUGAUGACGAGUGAUGCAGGGAGAGAGGGAGGGAAACUGAGCUCACCCCUACCCUUACCCCCCACUGCCGGCAAAAAAGUUUUAUAGAAGAAAACAAAUAUAUAUAUCUAUAUAUA